AUGGAGACGGCGGGGCAGGGCCUGCUGGGCUGGGCCGGGCCGGGCUCGGCUGGGGGCUGGGGCUGGGGGUUGCUCGGCCGGUCUUGCAGGCCGCGCCGACCACCCGCGCCCUUGGUCCCGCCGCGGAGCCUCGGCCCCGGCUCCGGCCCCGGCACUGGAGCUGCUCUUCCCUCGCGGAAGCGGUGCCGCCUGGCCCGCGGCAGCGCAGACGCCCUGCCUUGCCCUCUCGCUGGCCGGGCCGCCUGUGGCCGGAGAAAGCCCCAUUGUGGCCUGAGUGCGCCCCGCAGCCAGUCUGGAUUUCUCUCGCAGAGAGAGGCCUUUGUUCGCCUCACCCCAUCUGACUGCCCCGUGCUCUGUCCCAGCCUCAUUUGCUCCCCAAGCCCCAACCUGGGUUCCUGCUCUGGCAACAAGGAGCAGGCUGUUCCCACCGAAGCAGAAUAUAAAGUGCUGAAGUCAGAACCCAGACUGGGACACAAGGCCCAGAACCUGCGCAGGGGCCACCGGCAAUCGGCCACCAUGUCCCUGCCCUGCUGUGCCUCGACUUACCCAUCUGCUGCUGGGGAACUGCUUCCUCUUCUUCUCUUGCCUGUGGAAUGGGACCUUUCCUCAAGCUCCUGUCUCUGGGCUUUCGCUUUCUCACUCUACAAUGUCUUCCUCAGCUGUCCAUCCUGAGCUGGAGCGCACCCUUUCUUUCUGUAUUGGACACCCCGGCCCUGAGCAUGCAGCCCUGACCGCCUCCCCAGAUGUUGAUAUGGCCCCGGGGGUGGCCGUCUUGAAGGAGGCCUGAUCUGUAUCCUGCCAGUCGGUGGAUGC